AUGGCGGACCAAAAUAUCUCCCAGUAUAAGUACUCGGCGAUGUCCAACCUGGUUCUCCAGGCGGACCGUCGUUUUAUCAGUCGCACCCAUGACGAACCGACUGGAGACCCGGAGUCUCUCGCGGGUCGCAUUGGGAUCCGAGAGAUGGGUGGACGAGUAGCGCGUGACAAUGCGCCCAAAUCAAAGAAGACAGGCCCUACAGACCUCGAGCGAGGUGCCAUUGGUGAGGGUGAAGAUGUGCUUUUACGUGAACAGAAAAAACGCCAACGCGGCCAACCGGCACAAUUACGGGGCCAAGGAAUCCUUUCAGCAGCCGAUGCCUUCGUCGAAGGCCUGAAAUACCGACCUCGGACACCCGCUACACGAGCCACCUACGACCUUAUUCUCACAAUUACCGGAAGCCACCUUGGCGAUGUCCCUCACGAAGUCGUCCGAAGUGCCGCCGAUGCUGUCUUGGAGCUUCUCAAGGAUGAAGAGAUGAAGGAUUUCGAUAAAAAGAAGGAGAUCGACGAUCUUUUGGGAACCUCCAUGAACCCGAAGGAGUUCAACGAGCUCGUGAACGUGGGCAAAAAAAUUACAGACUACGAUGCCCAGGAUGAAGAUGAAGAAAUGGACGGCGGCCUAGACGAAGCGGGUGGCGAACUCGAUGAACGCCAAGGUGUUGCCGUAGUCUUCGACGAAGAAGACGAGGAUGAUGAGCGCACAGGAACUGUGGACGAAAUCCGGGACGAAGACAGUGACGAAGACGAAGCGGAUGAACAAGAUCAGCCAGAAGCCGACGACGUUCCAGCUGCUCAGGAUGCCGAAGAGGGCGAUGAAAUGGUCAUUGAUGGAGGUCUGGGUAAAACGGAUAUGGACGGCGACAAGACUGGAUUAACCGUUUCAGCCCGCGAAAUUGACGCCUACUGGUUGCAGCGCCAGAUCGGUGCUCUCUACACAGAUGCGCACAUCCAACACGAGAAGGCCGGCGAGGCCCUCGAAAUUCUCGGUGCCAAGGACGAAGAUGGAACACCUAGAUCCUUGCGCGACGUUGAAAACGACCUGAUGGAGCUUUUCGACUAUGACCACCCCGACCUGGUUGCGAAGCUGGUCACCAACCGCGACAAAGCCGUUUGGGUUACGCGCUGGAGACGAGUCGCCGAGGACACCGAUGCUCGCAAUCUCGUGGAAAUUGAGAUGGUCGAAGCCGGACAGCGCGCCAUCCUUGACGAAAUUCGCGGCAAAGAAGCUCGCGAUGACCUCGCCGAACGUCCCGAUAAGAAAAUGAAGUUCGACUUGAUGGAUGUUGAUGUUCCUUCAGGCCCCACGCCAGACCAAAAGACCACCGAGGGUGGACAAACUGGCCCUCUUCAGCCCAAGAGAACUAUCAACUUGGAGAAUCUUGUCUUCCAUCAAGGCAACCACCUUAUGACCAACCCUAAUGUCAAGCUUCCCCAAGGCUCAACUAAGCGUACCUUCAAGGGCUACGAAGAAAUUCAUGUGCCACCCCCCAAGGCCAAAAAGGAAGCUGGAGAGAAGAAUAUUCCUACCACAGAGCUGCCUGAAUGGGCUCGUGUUGGGUUUGGAACCUCCAAGGAACUCAACCGGGUGCAGACAAAGUGCUACCCUUCAGCGUUCCACGAUGAUGGCAACAUGCUUGUCUGUGCUCCUACAGGUUCCGGAAAGACCAACGUCGCUAUGCUUACAAUUCUUCGGGAGAUUGGGAAAAACCGCAAUUCCGAAACCGGAGAGAUCAUGCUCGAUGACUUCAAGAUUGUGUACAUCUCUCCGUUGAAGGCUUUGGUACAAGAACAGGUUGGAAACCUCGGCAAGCGUCUUGAGCCUUAUGGUAUCCGUGUGUCUGAGCUUACAGGUGAUCGUCAACUCACCAAGCAACAAAUUGCCGACACCCAGAUCAUUGUCACCACCCCCGAGAAGUUCGACGUUAUCACCAGAAAGGCAUCUGAGACCAGCUACACCAAGCUUGUUCGCCUGGUAAUCAUUGAUGAGAUUCAUCUUCUCCACGAUGAUCGUGGUCCCGUCAUUGAGAGCAUCGUCAGUCGAACCAUUCGCAGAGUCGAGCAGACUGGAGACCCAGUGCGUAUUGUCGGUCUCAGUGCUACUCUCCCCAACUAUCGCGAUGUGGGAAGCUUCCUGCGUGCCGAUCCUGUCAAGGGCAUAUUCCACUUCGAUGGCACAUAUCGUCCUUGCCCUCUUAAGCAGGAGUUCAUUGGUGUCACUGAAAAGAAGGCCAUUAAGCAGUUGAAGACGAUGAACGACAUUUGCUACACCAAGGUUAUGGAGCAGGUCGGACAACGUCGCAACCAAAUGCUGAUUUUCGUGCACUCCCGAAAGGAAACAGCCAAAACAGCCAAGUACAUCAGGGAUAAGGCCCUUGAGAAUGAAACCAUUGGACAGAUCCUGCGCAGUGACGCUGCCAGCCGUGCCAUUCUCUCCGAGGAAGCUGAUUCAGUUGAUGAUGCUGGACUCAAGGACCUCAUGCCGUACGGCUUCGGUAUUCACCAUGCCGGUUUGAGUCUUGCGGAUCGUGAUUCCGUUCAGGCCCUCUUCGCCGAUGGAAGUAUCCAGGUCCUCGUCUGUACCGCGACACUCGCUUGGGGUGUCAACCUUCCCGCUCACACCGUUAUCAUCAAGGGAACUCAGGUCUACUCUCCCGAGAAGGGUAGCUGGGUUGAGUUGAGUCCGCAGGACGUUCUCCAGAUGCUUGGACGUGCUGGUAGACCCCAGUACGAUACAUUCGGUGAGGGUAUCAUUAUCACAUCGCAAUCCGAGAUUCAAUACUAUCUCUCGCUCAUGAACCAGCAACUACCAAUCGAGUCACAGCUGAUGAGCAAGCUGGCUGAUAAUUUGAAUGCCGAGAUUGUGCUUGGUAAUGUUCGUACUCGUGAUGAAGGUGUGGAAUGGCUAGGAUACACCUACCUUUAUGUCCGAAUGCUUCGUUCGCCUGGUCUGUACAGUGUUGGCGCCGACUACCAGAAUGAUGACGCACUGGAACAAAAGCGAGUGGAUCUCAUCCACUCCGCUGCUGCUGUUCUUGAGAAAGCCGGUCUCGUCAAGUAUGAGAAGAAGACCGGACGUCUCCAGUCGACUGAGCUUGGACGUAUCUCCUCUCACUACUACAUUGGUCACAACUCGAUGUUGACCUACGCUCAACACCUACAACCCUCUAUCACGACCAUUGAGCUGUUCCGCAUCUUCGCUCUGAGUGACGAAUUUAAGUACAUCCCCGUUCGCCAGGAUGAGAAGCUUGAGCUUGGAAAGCUCUUGGGCCGUGUACCCGUCCCCGUCAAGGAAACCAUUGACGAACCCCAUGCAAAGAUCAACGUCCUCCUGCAGGCUUACAUCUCCCGACUCAAGCUCGAUGGGCUUGCGCUGAUGGCUGACAUGGUUUACGUGACACAGUCGGCCGGACGUAUCAUUCGGGCCCUCUUCGAGAUAUGCUUGAAGAAGGGCUGGUCAUCUGUUGCUAAGACUGCACUCGAUCUUUGCAAGAUGGCUGAGAAGCGCAUGUGGCCGACCAUGUCCCCCCUUCGUCAAUUCCAGCAUUGCCCAAGAGACGUUCUGCAGAAGGCUGAACGGAUUGAUGUGCCUUGGGGCAGCUAUUUCGACCUGGACCCUCCCCGCAUGGGUGAGCUCCUUGGUAUGCCCAAGGCCGGACGUGUUGUGUGUGACUUGGUUUCCAAGUUCCCUCGACUCGAGGUUCAGGCUCAAGUGCAGCCCAUCACCCGGUCUAUGCUGCGCGUUGAGUUGACCAUUUCGCCCAACUUCGUUUGGGAUGAUGAUGUACACGGCAACGCGCAAGACUUUUGGAUCAUCGUUGAAGAUUGUGACGGAGAAGAGAUCUUGUUCCACGAUCGCUUCUUGCUUCGGGGUGAAUUCGCCAAAUCUGAAAUGAAUGAACAUCUUGUCGAAUUCACUGUUCCAGUCACAGAGCCCAUGCCACCCAACUACUUCAUCUCUCUGGUGUCCGACCGAUGGAUGCAUUCUGAGACCAAAAUUGCCGUGUCCUUCCAGAAGCUUCGUGCACCAGUCAAAGCACUGAAGCGCGACGACUACCAAGCUCUCUAUCCCAACUGGCAGCAUUUCAACAAGAUCCAAUCUCAGGUCUUCAAGUCAGUCUUCGACACUGAUGAUAAUGUCUUCAUUGGUGCUCCUGUAGGAAGUGGCAAGACAGUUUGCGCUGAGUUGGCCCUGCUCCGGCACUGGUCCACCAGGGAGGGCGGUCGUGCAGUCUAUCUCGCUCCCUUCCAAGAGCUGGUCGACCUCCGACUUGCUGAUUGGCAGAAGCGCUUUAGUGCACUUGACGGAGGCAAGACGAUUGUCAAGCUGACAGGCGAAACCACAGCCGACCUGAAACUCCUUGAGCAGGCUGAUCUUGUCCUUGCCACUCCUCCUCAAUGGGAUGUGUUGUCCCGCCAGUGGCAGCGCCGCAAGAACAUCCAGACAGUGCAAUUGUUCAUCCCCGACGAGCUCCACAUGCUCGGCGGCUACGGUGGAUAUGUGUACGAAGUGGUUGUUUCUCGUAUGCACUACAUUGCUCUUCAGACCGAAAACGAGAUGCGCAUUGUUGGUCUCAGUGUGCCUCUUUCUAACGCUCGGGAUAUUGGAGAGUGGAUUGGUGCCAACAAGCACACCAUCUACAACUUCAGCCCGCAUGCCCGUCCUGUGCCUCUCGAGCUUCAUCUCCAGUCCUUCACCAUUCCUCACUUCCCCUCACUUAUGCUCGCCAUGGCUCGUCCGGCCUAUCAAUCGAUCCUGCAGCUUUCGCCCGAUAAGCCUGCUCUGGUUUUCGUCCCUAGCCGUAAGCAGGUUCGUGCGACCGCCAUGGACCUUCUUUCGGCCCGUGUCCAUGAGCAGACCCUUGCCACGUCGCUUUCUCACGGUAUUGGCUACUACCAUGAGGCCCUUACUGCCACCGACAAGCGCAUUGUCUCGCACCUGUUCAGCAUCGGUGCGAUUCAAGUGAUGUUGGCCUCUAGGGACGUGUGUUGGGAAUUAGACAUCACAGCUCAUCUGGUCAUCGUUAUGAAUACUCAAUUCUUUGAUGGCCGUGAGCAUCGCUACAUCGACUACCCCAUCAGCGAAAUUUUGCAGAUGUUUGGCAAAGCAUCUCGUCCAGGCCAGGACAAGCUUGGUCGAGGUGUUCUUAUGGUGCCCGCUGUCAAGCGUGACUACUACAAGAAGUUCCUCAACGAGGCCUUGCCGGUCGAGAGUCAUUUGCAGGUUUACCUGCACGAUGCCUUUGUGACCGAAGCAAGCACAAGGACCAUCUCCUCCACGCAAGAUGCGGUUGAUUGGAUGACAUAUACCUAUUUCUAUCGCCGUCUUCUUGCAAAUCCCAGCUUCUACGGUCUCAGUGAUGUCAGCCACGAGGGUCUCAGCACCUUCCUGUCAGAGCUUGUGGAGAACACAUUGAAGGAGCUGUCUGAAGCCAAGAUUAUCGACCUUGAUGAGGAAGAUGACAGCGUUUCGCCUCUGAAUGCCGCUAUGAUUGGAGCUUACUACAAUAUCUCCUUCAUUACUAUGCAGACCUUCCUGUUGUCUCUUUCAGCCCGCACCAAGCUCAAGGGUAUCUUGGAGAUUGUCACUUCGGCGACCGAGUUCGAAUCGAUUCAGAUGCGGCGUCAUGAGGCUCACAUUCUCCGCCGCGUAUAUGACCGUUGUCCCGUUAAGAUGGCCGAGGUCUCCUUUGACUCGCCGCACUUCAAGGCAUUUGUUCUCCUUCAGGCCCACUUCUCGCGCAUGCAGCUUCCUCUUGAUCUGGCCAAGGAUCAGGAAGACAUUAUCCGCAAGGUUCUCAACCUGCUCAGCGCAUGUGUGGACGUCCUCUCAUCCGAGGGCCAUCUUAACGCCAUGAACGCCAUGGAGUUGUCACAGAUGGUGGUCCAGGCCAUGUGGGACCGGGACAGCCCUCUGAAGCAGAUCCCCCACUUCACACCGGAGGUCAUCAAGGUGGCCAACGAAUACAAGAUCAAUGAUAUCUUUGAAUUCAUGGAGGCCAUGGACCCAUCUGAGAACAAAGACUACGCUACGCUGGUGAAGCGCCUCGGUCUCGACAACAAACAGUUGGCGCAAGCUGCGGCUUUCACCAACGAGAAGUACCCCAACAUUGAGCUUGACUUCCAAGUCGAAGAUCCUGACAGCAUCACUUCGGGCGAGCCCUCGUACCUCAAAGUCAAGAUCGAGCGCGACCUUGAAGAGGAUGAAGAACCCGAUACCACUGUCCACGCACCCUUCUAUCCAAGCCAGAAGAUGGAGAACUGGUGGCUGGUCGUUGGUGACGAGAAGACGAAGAGCCUGCUCGCCAUCAAGCGUGUUACGAUCGGUCGAAAGCUGGAGCUGCGUCUGGAGUAUGUGGUUCCCACACCUGGAGACCAUGAGUUGACCCUCUACCUCAUGAGUGACAGCUACGUCGGCGUGGAUCAGGCACCCACGUUCAACGUGACUGCGGCGGAGGGUAUGGAUGAGGAUGAAAGCGAGGAGGAAGAAGAGUAA